AUGGCGAAACCAGUAUGUAGUAAAUCUGCAGAUAUGGUGGAACUGCCAAAAAUUUCUGUUUUGAAUCAGAAAGUUAUUGGUCAAGGGGUACUCAGUGAUAAAACAUGUCAAAUGGAUAGUGAAAAUAAUAUGGAGAAAGUACUGAAGAAUCGAUUUGUAAAUCAAAAAGAUAACGUAUCUCAAACAGCGAAAAUCCCUUGCCAAUACCAAAUAAUAAGUAAAUCUGAAGAUAAAUAUCAAACAAAUAGUUUUGUGUCCAAGGAAAGUGACCCAUCUGAUAAUGAAGUGUCAGGAGUUACUGAAUUGAUAGAUAUAGAAGAAAAUGAUUCUGACAUUGAAAAUGUGGAUGAUGACCGAGACGCCGAUUUUGUGCUAGAAGGUGAAGAAUCUGACAAAAACGAACCAUUUAGUGACAGUAACGAUUCUGAUAAUAAGCCUUUCAUCAACAAAGUAUUAUCCAAAAGAUGUAAACUAUUAAGUCCUGAUAUGGAGAAUAAUAAUAGUAUGCAGCAAACAAAAAAAGAAAAAUAUGAAGAAUUGAUGAAGAAAAAGAAAUCAAAAGGAGAGGAAUAUAUUACAAGAAAAGGAAUUGUGAAACCAGCCAAAGAAUUUGAGCUUGAUCAGUUUCUAGCUGGCAGAAUAAAAUUCUCGAAAAAAAAAGUAGAAAGAAAAAGUCAAGAUACUAAAACCAGAAAAAGAAAGAAUAGGGAUAUCACGGUCUCAUACUUUGCUACCUUAUCUGGCACAGAAAUUAAGAUUUGCAAAACUAUGUCCCAAAAAGUUCACAGCAUUACAAGAGGCAAAAUUGAUUUUAUAGUUCAAAAGAAACCAGAAGUCAGCCACGGAAAUAGUUACAGAAAACUUAGUGGAGCCACAUCGGUGUUUGUAAAACGUGAUGCCACGGAAUUGGGCCAAAAUAUUCGUUGGCAUGAUAUCAAAGUUUUACGGUUCUUAAAAGACCUGGGAUUUGGCAUUAUUAAAGUUAAAUAUUUGCAUGACGAAGAUGAGCAAUUUACUCGUUUAAACAUAAAAAGAAGAGGAAAACAUGAUUCAGAGUUAAAGCCUAUUUACAGCGGCCCCAAAUCUAUAAAUCCUAAGAAAAAAGAGAGCUUAGACAUAGACCCAUUUUACAAAAAUUUGAAUGUUAAUGAAAGCACCAUAGAAGAUAUUAUCUAA